ACUUUCUCUCUCUCAGUUCUCUCUAACCAAGCAUCUCUGAGUCUCAGUCCUGACAGAUCUCAGUUCUUUGAAUAUGAGUCUGUCUCUCUGAGCUGUGAGGUUCAGGGGAACUCUGCUAGAUGGAGAGUGGUGAGGAACACAACGAGAGGAAUCCUUUCAGAGUGUCAUACUGACUGGGGAAAACAACAAGGGUCUUCAUGCAAUGUGUCACUAACACCAUCAGACAGUGGAGUGUACUGGUGUGAGUCUGGUUCUGGAGAACACAGCAAUGCUGUCAACAUCACAGUACAUGCUGGUCCUAUGAUCCUGGAGAGCCCUGCCCUUCCUGUGACUGAGGGAGAUUCUGUGACUCUGCGCUGCAGAUAUCAGGAAACUCCCUCUGACCUCACAGCUGUUUUCUACAAAGAUGGAUCCCUCAUCAGGGCUGAGACUACAGGAGAGAUGACCAUCCCUGCAGUAUCCAAGUCAGAUGAAGGACUCUACAAGUGUUACAACUCGAAAGGAGAUUCACCAGAGAGCUGGAUGACUGUGACAGUCCCAGUGUUGUCCAUGUCUCUACCCAGGCUGCUGUGUAGUCUACUGGUGGGGUCUCCCUACCUGCUGGUGACCAUCAUACUGCUGGUGAAAUACUGCAGGAGCAGGGCUCAAGGGGGAACCAGGAAGACCCACCAAGACCAAUUAGGUGAUCAUGUUGAAGAAGAGUGAGGCUGAGAUCACCUGAUCACCAUAACAACCAUCAGAAUGGAACUCAUGGAAUUCUAAUAUAGAACUGUGAGUCACAAUGCUGUAUGUUGUUACAUUGUAGCUCCACCUGCUGGAACAAUAGUGGCAUUUGAUCAAAUGUGAUCUAUUAACUGAUACAUGUAUUAUUCUGAUUGGAAUGUGUUUUAAUAUAAUGUGUGUUGUAUUAUUCAUUCAGCAGCUGUCCUUUAACAUCAGUCAUAUACUGGUCAUAUACUGUAUAGCAUUAUGGUUGAUACAUUGUAAAUGCCUUCACUUUUCAUGUCUAUACAGAUAAACUGAUAGGUGUUGUGGUUCAGGCAUUCUUGUUACAGGUUCAGUAUAAUGUUACAUGUUACAGAGAUAGAAAACAUACAGGAGAGGAGAAUUCAAUUAUUAUAAUUAUUUACUUUAUUU